AUGAGGCUCGAUCUAGUACUUGACAGAGUUAUCUGCGCUCUGGCACUCGUCUCAGGCACCGACGCAGCGGCAGUCUGUCCUCGCGCGUCAAAAGGAUGCGGACAGGCUCACACAUUCGUUGGAGAAUCUCGGGAGUUCACCUUUGAGAGUGACGGCAUCAACCGCACAUACCGAAUCCAUCUGCCGAAAAGUUAUGACAAGGAUCACCCCCAGCCUCUGUUCCUCUUCUACCACGGCAAAGGAGGGCAGCCAAAGGACAUCGAGUAUGGGACUCAAUUGUCCACUGAAGAGGUUAACCCAAAUAUGGUCGCCGUAUAUCCUGCCGGCGUCAAUAAAUCUUGGCAAGGCCCGACUUAUGCAAAGCCAGGUGUCAAUGACCUGAAAUUCACCGAUGAUCUCGUAAACCGUAUAAAAAGUGACUACUGCAUCGAUGAGAGCCGCAUCUACGCUGGAGGCCACUCGAAUGGCGGCGGCUUCGUCGGUCUUCUAGCCUGCUCGAAAGAAGGGGGCCACUUCGCCGCCUUCGCCCCGUCUGCCGCAGCAUUGUAUACCGAUGUCAACGACCAAUCCUGCACUCCUGCGCGCUCCCCUCUGCCCAUAAUGGAGACACAUGGGACUGCCGACAAGACGAUUCCCUAUGAGGGAGGCAAGGGCGCGGGAGGGCCUCUCCCUGCUAUUCCCGAUUGGUUGUCUCGUUGGGCGAAAAGAAAUGAGUGCGAUGAGCCCAAGACAUCCGAUAAGGGGAAAGGAGUCACUCUACAAGAGUGGAAGUGCGGCGGCAAAGAAAAUGCGCUACGUCACUGGAAACUAAAAGAUCAAGGGCACGAUUACCCGGGUCGGAAUAAUGAGCACAUGUGGUUAUCACCCAAGAUCAUCGAGUUCUUUAAUGCCCACAAGAAGCCUUGA